AUGUUUGGCUCUAUUACUGAUGUUCUUGAUACUAUUGUUGUUGAUUCUGAAUCUGUUGAAGAAAAAGCUAAGGCAACCGGAUAUCUUAAAGUUUGUCAAACAUUUGAGAUUGCUUUCAUAUUGCAUUUAAUGAGAGAUAUUUUAGCGAUCACAAAUGAGCUUAAUGAGUCUUUACAAAAGAAAGAACAAGAUAUUGCAAAUGCCAUUCUACUUGUUAAAGUGGUGAAGAAACGAUUGCAAGAUUUAAGGAAUGAAGGAUGGGAUUCACUUAUCGAGAAUGUGUCUGCAUUUUGUGUCAAAUCUCGACGUAAAGUUGCUGAGUAUACUAUUUCACAUCACUAUCGUGUGGAAGUAUUUUUUAAGAUUAUUGAUUGGCAGCUUCAAGAACUCAAUGAUCGUUUUAAUGAGGUUAGAACAGAUUUGCUUAUUGGAGUUGCUUGCUUAAAUCCAGUUGACUCAUUUUCUAGUUUUGACAUCAAGAACAUAUUGAGAAUGGCUGAAUUAUAUCCUGAUGAUUUUGGUGAAAAUGUAAUGGUUACUCUUAGGAAUCAGCUAGAGACUUAUAUAGUUGAUGUCUGUGAUGUUGAUAAAAGGUUCUCCAACUUAAAAGGGCUUGGCGAUCUUUCUGAAAUGCUAGUUAAGGUAAAGAAGCAUUUAAAUUAUCCUCUUGUGUUUCGCCUUAUAAAAUUUGCAUUGCUCCUGCCGGUUGCUACUGCUACAGUUGAAAGAGCUUUCUCGGCAAUGAAGUUGAUCAAGAGUGAAUUGUGA